AUGGGGGAUGCCUGCACUGAAGCCUGGCCGGAGCUGAGGAACCUGAGCUGCAGCCUCCUGGACUAUGACACCGCCCGCUCGGACAGCCAGGACUUCAUGGUGGACCGGAGCUUCGAGGCGGCUCGGACCGUGGUCGGGGUGACUCUGGUCGGGAUCAUGCUGGUGUGUGGGCUCGGCAACUUGCUGUUCAUUGUGAGCCUGGUUCGCUGUAGGCAGCGCCGCAGCCUGACCAGCCUCCUGCUCGCUAACCUGGCCAUCUCGGACAUGCUGGUGGCUGUGCUCUGCUGCCCCUUCGAGAUGGAUUACUAUGUGGUCAAGCAGCUGUCCUGGGAGCACGGCCACGCUCUGUGUGCCUCGGUCAACUACCUCCGCACCGCUUCCCUGUCUGUCUCCACUAACGUGCUGCUAGCCAUCGCCAUCGACCGAUAUCUAGCCAUUGUACAUCCCCUGAAGCCCAGGAUGAAGUACCAGACUGCCUAUGUGCUGAUCGGCCUGGUGUGGGGUGCCUCUCUGCUCAUGGCCAUCCCCUCCGCUUACUUCACCACCGAGGUCGCCAUCCCACACUCCAACUCGCAGAACAAGAUCUUCUGUGGGCAGAUCUGGCCAAGAGAGCAGCAGGUCUCUUACAAAUCCUACUCCCUCUUCAUCUUCAUCCUGCAGUUCCUGGGUCCCUCGCUGAGCAUGGGUCUCUGCUACGCCCAGAUCUCCCGAGAGCUCUGGUUUAAGAGUGUGCCUGGUUUCCAAACCGAGCAGAUACGGAGGAGGCUGAAGUGUAGGAGGAAGACUGUGUUGGUGCUCAUGGGCAUACUGACUAUUUACAUCCUCUGCUGGGCUCCCUAUUAUACCUUCACCAUAAUUCGCGAUUUCCACCCCACACUGGUUUUGAAGCUGAAACACUACAUUACAGUCUUCUACGUUGUCGAAUGCAUUGCCAUGAGCAACAGUAUGAUCAAUACCAUAUGUUUUGUCACCGUCAAGAGCAGCACCAUGAAAUACGUCAAGAAAAUGAUUCUGAUAAGGUUUAGAUCCACUUCUGGUGGCAGUAGCAGAUCAGGCCAAGAUCUGAGAACGACUGGGAUGCCGGGGUCAGAUGAACUCGAGCAAAUGCAACUCCAGUAG